AUGAGAGAGCAACUUCCUAAUUUGCAGCCUACAUGGGAUCUCAUGAUCCAAAAGAGGAAAUUUUGUAUGCAUAGUGUGUAUGUCAAGAUGAUGAAGGCUGACAGGGUGCCUUGGCGAUACUUAAUUCAGGAUAAAUAUGCGAGACCUAGAGCUAUCACCCUCACUUGGAUGGCAUGCCAUGGAAGAUUGAGCACAAAGGAUAGACUGAGAAAACAUGGCUUCAUAACUGAUCGUGUGUGCAGUUUGUGUAAUGCUGAUGAUGAGACUCAUGAUCACCUUAUGUUUGGCUGCAGUGUUGCGAAGGGAAUCUGGAAACAUGUACUCCACUGGCUAGGCAUUAAACACGAUCCUCAACCUUGGUCCAUGGAGAUUGACUGGCUCAUUCGUAUGAUUGGUAAGAAAGGCUGGCGGUUUAGAGUCCUGAAGAUUGCUCUAGCCGAGACAGUUUAUGAAGUUUGGCAUUAUAGGAAUGAUAUAAUUUUUAGAGGAAAUACACAUAGAAGCACAAGUAUAGAUAUUGCAAAUAGAAUCAUAGAGAAAGUGAUAUAUAGAGGGUGGUAUUCACCCAAAUUAAGAAAGCAAAUAGCUACCUUAAUGCCUUAG